AUGCACUUGCAACUUGAAGGCUUUGCCGCUGCUCGUAAGACUGUAAACCAGGCACGUGCGCUCCUGCAAUGUUGCAACACUUAAUAAGGCUACCGCUGAAGCAUCCUCAGCGCCAUCCCUGGCCCUUUUUCUAAGUACUUGAAAAUAGGAUCACGGACGCACUCAGGGAUGCUAGCGCGGUAGCUCUAAAACAGUAGAGGCAGCGAGCUUUCAGGCUACGUCGCAGAAGUGGCUGCAGAUGUUUGUCUUGCGAUGGCAGCGAAACUACAACUCGUGACGAGAGCACAAUCUUCACAAAGAACGUCAUUUUUGACAAGUACUGCCCCCCCUCCCUUCUCAAGAACAGAGUCGGCUCCUGGUACACCAGGAACACCGGCAGAAACGUGGGAGGAUGCGGUGACCUCGACGAGUGAUUCCGGAAGUGGCGAUGAAGUCCGCACAAUUUUUAGAACUACUGCAACAAUCACGCGUGGCAACGAAAAGGCAAAUCCUUCACGUCCAUCAAGAAGCAGUCGUCAGAAAUUUCGUAGGCAUAUUGAUGCUUCUUUGAAAACAACUUUCAUUCCAUUCGAUCAGGUUCAACAGGAGACAAGUAAUAAUUCUAGAAGAAGUAGAAGAAGAAAACCAGGAGCAGGAGUAGCAGUUACUCCUGGAGAACUAGUUCAAUUGCAAACCGAAGCGUCAGAUCAUUUGGUCAAUGCACUGGAGAACUAUGAACAUGAAGCGUUGGAGGAUGUACUUUCGUUAAAUCGAGCCUCAAGGAAAUUGGCGUUUCUUCACAACGAUACUUGAGGCAACGCAGACUGCAUCCUCAACGUCAUCCUUGGCCCCUUUUUCAAGUAGAAAAAGGGGGUCAAGGAUGGCCUGAGGGAUGUCACGCGGUAGCUCUAAGAGAUGCGGGAAUUUAUGAAACGUGAUAAGGCUACGGGAGUCGUGCGUGGUGUUGCGCGGUUCUUGGGUGUGCAAGCGGAAGAACGGCGAACCGUCUCAAAAAAGGACAUUACUGCGCCGUUGGGCAGUACUACAAAAAAGACGAAAGCUGCCCUAUCAGAACUAAAACAAGCUGUGCAGAGUCUACAUUUGGCGGCCAACAAGAAGAUGAAAAGUUCUACUUCUGAAGCAGCACCAGAGAGAGGGGAGUCUGUUUUAUACGCAGCUGCUUCAGAUGGACCUUCUGCUUCAGUAGACGUUCGUGACUUCGCAAUAAAUUCUAAAUCCGCCGUCGUGGAUAAUAUGGACGUUGACUGAGAAGUCACGUAAUUUGUUUCUUGAAGAAAAUUAUACGCGCCAAAUCCAAAAGAGAAGGAGAUGCUUCUAAUACUCCACCAAAUUCUGCUUCUCAGUGG